AUGGCGCCGGUUUACAAAGUUGCUGUAAUCCAAUUUGAGCCAAAGGCCAUCGUUGUACAAGAAAACUUUGCAAAAGCAGAAAGUUAUCUUCGCUCUGCAGCCUCGAAAGGAUGCGAUAUUGCAAUUCUCCCUGAAUUCCACUUGACAUCAUGGGUCCCUGAACAUCCCGAAUUCAUCUCCGCCAGCAAGACAUCAACAGGCUAUCUCUCAAAAUAUCAAGCUCUAGCUAAAGAGCUUAACAUCAACAUCGUCCCUGGCACAAUCUGCGAAGUACACGCUGUUCCUGAUUCCAAAGAUGAGGAGCUCCGUAAUAUGGCGUACUUCCUUGCUGCAGGAACAGGUGAGAUUUGUGGAUCUUACCAGAAGAAGAAUCUCUGGCAUCCUGAGCGUCCGCAUUUAACUUCUUCAACGCAUACGCCGCAUACUGCUUUCGACACACCGCUUAAACACGCUGAUGGGAGACCUGUACGCGCUGGUAUGGUUAUAUGCUGGGAUUUAGCAUUUCCUGAAGCGUUCAAAGCGCUCGUCAACGAUGGUGCAGACAUCAUUCUUAUACCAUCAUAUUGGUUUAUGGAUGAUAACGGCGAAGAGGGAGCUGGUCUUAACCCUGAUUCGGAGCGGCUGUUCUUGAACUGUACGCUCACGGCACGAGCUUUUGAGAAUACGGCUGCGAUUGUGUUUUGUAAUGCCGGAGGAUUGAGUUGUGUGAACAUGCCGAUUCUGGGAGCAUUGGGAAGAAUUGAGGUCGGUGAGGAGAAGAUGGAGAUUGUUGACGUGGAUUUGGACGUUUUGAGGGUUGCGGAGGAGACGUACAAGAUUAGAAUGGAUAUGAAGAGUGAGGGAUGGCAUUAUAAGUAUAGUAUGAACUCGGGUUCAAAGGCAUAG